AUGCAGGCAAGUGAUAGGUUUAACAUCAAUUCUCAGCUUGAGCAUCUUCAAGCUAAAUACGUUGGAACUGGGCAUGGUGAUUUGAGCAGAUUUGAGUGGGCUGUGAACAUUCAGCGUGAUAGUUAUGCUUCAUACAUCGGCCAUUACCCAAUGCUUGCCUACUUUGGGAUCGCUGAGAACGAAUCAAUCGGUCGAGAACGCUACAAUUUCAUGCAGAAAAUGCUAUUACCGUGUGGCCUUCCUCCAGAUAGAGAAGACGAUUAG